CAAUACUGCUUGGAAAAGAAAUAUAAUUAAACAAUAAUACUCUCUUUUCUAUGGUUAUACUACGGGUGAUAAAUAAACAUAUAGUUUUUAAUUUUUAAACGAUCUUCUUAUUUAUUUGCAAAUGUUUGAAGAGGCUCACAAAGUUUUAAUUUCAUCAGGUGAAAAAGAAAGGCUGAAGGAGCUACUGCGAAUAAGGCUUGUGGAGUGUGGUUGGAAGGAUCAGAUGCAGAUGUUCUGCAGAGAUGUUGUGAAGGAAAAGGGAGUUAACAUCAAAGUGGAAGAGCUUAUUGCAGAAGUGACUCCCAAAGCUAGAGCAAUGGUUCCAGAUACAGUGAAGAAAGAACUCCUGCAGAAGAUAAAAUCAUAUUUAUCGCAGGACUUGUGAUGAACCACUGGAAUUGGAAAUACUUCUUUGAAAAUAUAAUUUUAAAGAAACAUUCCAUAAAUGUAAAUAACAGACAGAGAGAUGGAAUUUUUCAUUGUGAAAAACAAUUUCACCCAAAAGCAGACAUAAUUUAUAAGUUUGUACAGUGCAGUUAAUAAAUAAUACAGAUUUAAUGUUGUAAAAAAAA